AUGGUUGAUGUGAUUGAUGAGAGCAGUUCAAAUGAUCGAGAUGAAGUGAAAUGCGUUCAGUUGAAACAUUGCUGUUGCACUGUCGAUUACAAUUAUUGUCAGGAGAAAAGCGAUUUUGAUUUCGAGCGAAAGAGAUUCCGUCACAGAGCAUGUUUUGGUCGCAUUCACGUGCAAAAGCUGUCGUCAUAUUUGAUAGUGAUCAAAUCGAUGUUGAUCAUCAUUCUGCUGAUCACAGCGAUUGCCCAGAAUUCGGAAACGUUCCUGAUUUCAGUGUGCUCAGUUGGCUUGUUCCUGAUGGUAGCAACUUAUACGAUGUUUAUGAUGGGUGUUUGGUAUCAACGGUUAAAUUAUUUGGUGCCAUAUUGGUGUGUCGCUCAUCUAAUAAUUCUCGUAUUAGUCGUUCAAGUAUUCAUCGACCUUCUAAUGAUCGCUGCUACAAGGCACACCGCUGAUAACUAUCAGACAUUCUGCAUUUGUGCAAAGAUCUUUUGGAUUGCAUUCGAACUGUACACAGUGAGGAUUGUCUGGGACGUAUACGAAUAUGUUUGCGAUUUGCUAGCCGAAGAGGAAUUCAAAGAAUCGACACGACUGAACGAUACAACCGAUGACGAUACUGAUCACAACAAUUAUCACCGUUCGAAAAGUGCCACUCAGUUACCAACGAAUCAUUCAUCUAAUUCGGUACUGGCAAAUGAAAGUGACACUUUAAGGCGAUCGUAUUCCCUCUCAUAUAUGUAUAAACACACUUUUAUUUGA